GUGACACCUGUGGUUAAUGAUUGCAGCGCUGAGAGUUUGAGAGUAUAAAUCAGGCAGCUAAGCACUUCUCACUCUUACCUUUACUGUCUGUCGCCAUGUCUUUCACUGGAAAGUACCAGCUGGAGUCUCAGGAGAACUUUGAGGCUUUCAUGAAGGCCAUUGGUCUCCCUGAUGAUCACAUCCAGAAAGGCAAAGACCUCAAGAGCAUCUCUGAGAUUGAGGAGACUGAUAACAACUUUAAGGUGACGGUCACCACUGGCACAAGGGUCAUCGUCAACACCUUCACCAUUGGACAGGAGGCAGAGAUAGAGACGGCCACUGGGGAGAAGGUCAAGACGGUGGUUCAGCGUGAUGGUGGCAAGCUGAAGUUCUCCCUGAAGGGAAUCGAGUCCGUCACGGAACUGGUGGAUGCAAACACAAUUGUCAAUACUAUGACUCUUGGCCCCAUUGUGUUCAAGAGGACGAGUAAACGCAUAUAACUGUCUGCACUUGGGAUAAUAAAGCGUAAAAAAAAAGGCA